GCAGGUUCACUUUGCAUAUACAAACAACCCGUGGAGAAACAUCGGACAAGACGGACUUUAAACCUCUGCAGAGGCUAUUCUGAAAAUGUUUUUUUUAACUAAUAUUUUCCAGGAUUCUGUCUUUGCACAGAUUGGAGCUUUGACAUGCCUUUAUUACAUGGUAAAGUUCAGUUGGAAUCUGCUAUCAGGCAUCAGGAUUUAUGUUCUGUCCAAAUUUUGGCGGAUAGAUCUGUCGUACUUUGGGGAAUGGGCUGUUGUAACAGGUGCAACCAACGGGAUUGGAAAAGCCUACGCUCAUGAGCUGGCAAGAAGAGGACUCAAUAUUGUGCUAAUCAGCCGUUCGCUGGAGAAGCUGAACGCCACAGCAAAAGAGAUAGAACAGCAACAGGGCAAGAAGACCAAGAUCGUUCAGGCUGAUUUCACCUCCGGACCUGACAUCUAUGGACCUAUUGAAGCAGCACUGAAGGAUCUGAACAUUGGAAUCCUUGUAAACAAUGUUGGGAAGACUUAUGAUGUGCUUCCAUGUUACUUUCUGAAUGUCCCAAAUGUGAGAAAGGCAAUUACUGAUAUCAUGAACUGCAACGCCCUUUCUGUGCCAAUGAUGACCAGCAUUGUCCUGCCACAGAUGCUUGAAAGGAAGAAAGGUGUCGUGAUCAACAUCUCAUCAGAAGCUGGAUCCCAUCCACACCCCAUGCUUACCAUGUAUGCAGCGACUAAGGUUUUUGUUAACUUCUUUUCUCGAGCACUGAAUGCAGAGUACAAGCCGCAGGGAAUUAUCACACAGUGUGUGAUGCCACUCGUGGUCUCCACCAACUUGACCCAUGAUACAGAAGUCAAUUCUUUUGUGAAGCAAGCAGAUGACUAUGUCCGAGAAGCUGUGAACACUGUUGGAAUAACAGAGCUGGCUAGUGGCUGCUUAUCACAUGCACUUCAACAUUUCUUCGUGGACAAUCUGUUUCCGGAAUGGUUCCGACUAUCCCAGUUCGGCAUAAAUAUGUUACAUAAAAUGAUUGAAAAGAGAAAACCUGCAGUGGAGAAAUGGCGCAAGAAGUACAAGACAAAUUAGUAUCAACAUGGUUCAAGAGGAUGAGGUGGUGCUGAGGGAAAGGCACCUUCAGUAUUGUUCUGACAUUAUGUUAUUGGGUGCUUUGUUUGCCAUUAGGUGUUUAGGUACAAUGAUAUUUUAUGUUAUCCAUGUAGUUGAAUGAGUGACACUGAGAUUUAAAAAAAAAUCAACUAU